AUGCAAAGGGAUGGAACCGUGCCCUUGGACGAGACGUUCACCGAGACAAUCGAACACUAUGGGCGCUCUUAUCAGCAUUACUCCCUCACGAAUGGGACAUAUUUUGCCCCCAUCGAUGAGGACGAAAUCUCGCGCCUCGAGGUGAUGCACGGAGUUCUCAGCAGGCUCUUUGAUGGGAGGCUCAUAUUCCCCCCUAUCAGGUCGCCACGACGAAUACUCGAUUGCGGUUGUGGUCCAGGAGAUUGGGCUAUCGAAGUUGCCACACAAUAUCCUGACGCCGAAGUCCUCGGCAUCGAUGUCAGUCCGCACAUGAUUCCAGAAAACCCUCCCGACAAUAUGGAGCUCCAAGUUGAUGACCUUAACGGGAGGCAAGUAGUUGCAAGAAACCAAAUGGUCGCCGGUGGUAUCCAUGCGAAUCGCUGGCGAAGCUAUAUUCGAGACAUUUUCCGUGUAUUGAAGCCAGGCGGGUGGUGUCAGAUGGUCGAGAUAUACUUUAACGCCCAAUCUGACAAUGAUCACGCCCUGUCGCAAUGGUCCAGACAAUACUUGGAAAGUCAGCAGCCAUACAAAGAUCCACGGGCACCACUUCAAUUGGCCAGCUGGAUGAGAAGUGCAGGGUUUACGGAAGUCGAGUCGAGACUCUUAACGUUGCCAAUGUGCGGCUGGUCGAGUGUCCCCCGGGAUUAUGACAUAGGUCGAUCCAAUACCGAUAACGUGAACCAGCUAUUGUAUUCACUAGCAUUAUACCCGUUCACACAGUUUCUUGGGAUGUCUUUCAGUGAUUUCCAACUCUUGAUAGCUCAAGCGAGGAGCGAAGCCAGCAACCCAGCAUUCAAGGCCUACUUCCCCGUGUAA